AUUUUUCAUGCUGGCCACUAUUUGUCCGAUACGUGGCAUAGGCACGAACAACUUCCACGUUCGCCGCCAUUUUGACAUCCAGCGAAUUUUAGAGUUUUCAGUAAAGUGUUGCGUUUUUUCUUGAUAUUAUAGAAAUUUUCACCUGAAUCGACUACUUAUAAAGCCGCAAAAUGGGGAAUAUGUUCGCAAAUUUAUUUAAAGGCCUAUUUGGCAAAAAGGAAAUGAGAAUAUUGAUGGUGGGUUUGGAUGCUGCUGGUAAAACCACAAUCCUAUACAAACUCAAAUUAGGCGAAAUUGUUACAACAAUUCCCACUAUCGGAUUUAAUGUGGAGACAGUAGAAUACAAAAACAUCAGUUUCACCGUGUGGGACGUCGGCGGUCAAGACAAAAUUAGGCCACUGUGGAGGCAUUACUUCCAGAAUACACAGGGUCUUAUCUUCGUAGUAGACAGUAAUGACCGAGAGCGUAUUGGUGAGGCGCGCGAGGAACUGAUGAGGAUGUUAAGUGAAGACGAGCUACGAGAUGCUGUGCUUCUGAUCUUCGCUAACAAACAGGAUCUGCCAAACGCGAUGAACGCGGCGGAGAUAACAGACAAACUGGGUCUGCACUCGCUGCGCAACCGCAACUGGUACAUCCAGGCGACGUGCGCCACCUCCGGCGACGGACUCUACGAGGGGCUGGACUGGCUCUCCAACCAGCUCAAGAACGCCAACCGCUAACCGCAUGUGCGACACGCAGACAAAUCUGAUUACUGAGAGACUAUGGUUUAAGAUAUGUUAACUUUAUUUGCUAUAAAAUACAAUGUAUUAUGUGCGGAAUCAUAAAUGUAUUACUGAUGCGUCACCCGGCGACCGCGCUCGCACCGCACUCCGCCGCCGCCGGCGCCGGCGACCUCCCACUGCCGUGCCGUCGUACUGCUGUACUACGUACACCCGUGCGGCUACUGCCGUACUGCCGACCGCCCGACUCCGCCACCGCCGUAGGGUCCCCGCGGGCUGUGCUGUUUGUUCGAUCCCCGCUGACGUUGAACAAAAUAUAGUGUUUAAAUUUAAUGCAAAAUUACAAUUUUGUUUAUAAUUUUAUCAGUAAACGAAGGAACGAAACGGUGUACACUUACUGAGUGACCGCGCAUUGUGAUGUGGAUAGGUUGGUAGCUGACACGUGAUAAAGUGAAUCACAGCAUAACAUGUUUUAUAUGUAUACUAUAAUGUGGAAUAAGUUGUCGUAAUAAAGUAUUUAAAGUUA